ACGCAAACACUCAUUUGUUUACGUUCUUUACGCAAUUGAUAAGGAUUUCGUUCUGCAACUUUCGUGCGUGCUUGUGUUUUCGUCACACAAGAAAAAAAUAUCAAUUUUCUUAAGUAAAGAUGAUGAAAAAGCUUUACAAAAACGUGUUUGUAACAGUGGGCACGGCCGAAUUCGAGGAUUUAGUACGAACCGUAGCAUCAGCUGCCGUUUUACAGCAAUUAACUGCUUUGGGGUGCGAAACGCUCACAAUACAGUUUGGAAAAGGUGAAAAACUCAACGUGGACAACGUUCAAAAGCUAACAAACAUUCGACUGUCUGCGUACGGACUCAAGAGCAGCAUCGGUGACGAUAUAAGCAGCGCAGAUCUGGUGAUCAGUCAUGCCGGUGCCGGAAGUUGUAUUGAAGUGCUGGAAGCAGGCAAACCCUUGAUCGUUGUUGUGAACGAAACGCUGAUGAACAACCAUCAAACUGAGCUGGCUGAACGGCUUAGUAAAGAUAAGAAUCUCUUCUACUGUACACCGAAUACGUUGCUGCAGACGUUGAAGGAGUCUGACUUGAAUCAGCUGGAAGCACUUGCACCCGGCGCGCUUGAUAGUUUCGUAAAUCAUUUGGAUACAUUCAUGGGAUUCCGAUAGUUCCUUCCAUCGUACUGUAUGUACUGUUAUUUGCAUGACAAAACUGAGUGUUGCGAGUACCAAUAUGGUUCUAAAUUUAAUUGAUAUUAAGCGUACUUGCGUAUUGUGAUCAACGGUUUGAACUGAUUUUAAUAAAUUUACACCAAUAUGUAAAAUGUGCAUGUUUUAA